GAAGCGCGUGGGUUGUUGUUGUUCUGGGUUUAGAUGUAAGGAUGCUGUACAGUAUGUACUUUGUCCGUGGUGCUGUGUUUCUGGAAGAGGGCUGGGAGUGACUCUCUACUCCCUACUCAGUGAGUUCUUGUCUGGAUCUACGAGUUGGGCUCGUGGGUCAGUGUGGUUGUUUACGAGAGCCUGUAACUUAGCAAUCCCACCAACUCUCUGAUUGUAGUAGACGGACAGACAGAUAUGCACGUCAAGCAAAAAGCAGACCGCAGACUUGGAACAAGGAAAACACCAUCCAUUUGACUUUUAUGAUUCGCCUCGGCGCGCGCACCCAGCCCAAAAAGCCGGGCGCGCGCGCCUUUACCGCCGCCAGAGUAGAGCCAGAGCCAAGGCCAAGGCCAACGCCACCGUUCCCGCCCAAGUCGACGCCUCUCCCGCCACCGUCGCCAGCAAGCAAGGGUAAGUAAGUAGUGUGUAGUAGCAGCCUUAGGUAGUGCCGUCGCAUGCCCCCUCCCAUUCCGUCCC